AUGGUUCUAGCAGAUUUAGGAAAACGUAUCACCAGUGCUGUGUCUGAAUUGGCACACUCGAACGUUGUCGAUGAGAAGGUUUUCGAUGGAAUGCUCAAAGAGAUUUGCUCUGCGCUGAUUGAAGCUGAUGUUAACGUCAAGCUUGUCAGCGGUCUCCGAAAAUCCAUAAAACACGCCGUAAACUUCAAAGAGCUACCCCCAGCUGCGAACAAGAAAAGACUUAUUCAAAAAGCCGUUUUCGACGAACUCGUUAAGCUUGUAGACCCUCACAAUGAACCAUUCAAGCCCAAAAAGGGCCGUUCAAAUGUCAUUAUGUUCGUUGGUCUACAAGGUUCUGGAAAGACUACAACGUGUACGAAGCUAGCUCGACACUAUCAAGCCCGAGGGUUCAAAGCCUGUUUGGUCUGCGCGGAUACCUUCCGUGCCGGUGCUUUCGACCAGCUUAAACAGAACGCAACGAAGGCGAAAAUCCCAUACUUUGGUUCCUAUACUGAAACGGAUCCGGUAAAGGUAGCAAGGGAGGGUGUGGACAAAUUCAAAAAGGAGAAAUUCGAUAUUAUCAUUGUGGAUACCUCUGGACGUCAUCAACAAGAGAAGGAGCUAUUUGCAGAAAUGGUACAGAUCCAGCAGGCGGUCAAGCCAGACCAGACGAUUAUGGUUCUUGAUGCGUCUAUCGGACAGGCUGCAGAGGCUCAAAGCAAAGCUUUCAAAGAGAGCGCAGAUUUUGGUGCUAUUAUUAUCACAAAGACCGACGGUCACGCCGCUGGUGGAGGAGCUAUCUCUGCGGUUGCUGCAACACGAACACCAAUUGUUUUCAUCGGUACGGGUGAGCAUAUGCUAGAUCUCGAACGAUUUGCGCCUCAACCUUUCGUUUCAAAGCUUCUUGGUAUGGGUGAUAUGCAAGGAUUGGUUGAACAUGUUCAGAGUCUCAAAUUAGACCAAAAGGAUACCAUGAAGCACAUACAGGAGGGUAUCUUUACAGUUAGAGACCUGCGUGAUCAGCUGGGAAAUAUCAUGAAAAUGGGCCCUCUCAGCAAAAUGGCGGGUAUGAUUCCUGGUUUAUCCCAAAUGAUGGGUGAUGUUGGUGACGAAGAGGGCUCAAUGAAAUUAAAACGCAUGAUUUAUAUCAUGGACUCAAUGACCGAAAAAGAACUCGACUCAGAUGGCAAAUGUUUCACCGCCCAACCAACCCGUAUGAUUCGUAUAGCCCAUGGAUCCGGUACCUCAGUCCGUGAAGUUGAGGACGUCCUCACUCAACAUAGAAUGAUGGCAGGUAUGGCAAAGAAAAUGGGCAAGAACAUGGCAAAUAUGCAGAAGGCUGGUGGUGGCAUGUCCGGCCAAAAUCAAAAGCAGCAAAUGGCAGCCAUGCAGCGACGAAUGCAGAGCAUGGGCGGUGCUGGUGGCGCUGGUGGAAUGCCAAACAUGGCGGAUAUGAUGAAGAUGCUUGGUGGUGCCGGAGGUGCAGGUGGGAUGCCGGGGAUGGGUGGUGCCGGGGGAGCAAAUCCGUUUGCAGGCAUGGACAUGCAAGCUAUGAUGCAGCAAUUCGGAGGGAUGAUGGGCGGUGGUGGAUUAGGGAAUUUGAUGGGUGGAGGCGGUGGCAGAGGGAGAAGAUAA